UGUCAGCUCGGCCGUCGACACGUGAAGUAGGUAUUUGUUCAUGAACGUUAACGAAGACGUGUACACACUGUUCCAUCACCCUUACAGUACCAGAGAUGUGCUGUAGAGUGAACUCAACCAUCGUUACCAGCUGUACCUUCAUUCCCCUGCGUCAACAGUGAAGAUCUCUUGACCAAACGAACGUUUUUGGAUUUCGGUGCUGAUUUAAAGUCUCCAGACGGGAAUUAUCUGGUUGUUGGGUGCCAAGAAGACGGGAGAGACGAUGAACGACAAGAUCAAAAUGAAGGGAGAAACGAAAGAGAGAGAACAGUGGAGUAACAAGCUAGACUUCCUUCUCUCAGUCAUAGGAUUCUGUGUUGGUCUGGGCAACGUGUGGAGGUUCCCAUACCUCUGCUAUAAGAAUGGUGGAGGUGCCUUCCUGAUCCCGUACUGCAUAUGUGCCCUGCUGGGAGGACUACCCAUGUUCUUCCUGGAGGUGGGCAUUGGGCAGUUCAUGAGUGAGGGAGGUAUAUCAGUGUGGAAGAUGUCCCCUCUCUUCCAAGGUAUCGGGUUUGCAGCUAUCGUGGUGUGUAACUGGCUGAAUGUCUACUAUAUUGUCAUCAUUGCCUGGGCCCUAUACUACUUUAUCCUCUCCUUCCAGGGUGAGCUGCCCUGGACCUCAUGUGGCAAUUGGUGGAACACAGGUUCGUGUGUGUCGUUUGCAGGUGUCACUAACCAUUCACUUAUCCAAGACCUCAAGUCUAACAACAUCACACCUGUUGACUCUGUGGUGGAGUUCUGGGACAACCGUGUGCUACAGAUCAGUGAUGGGGUAGAGAUCCUUGGUGAGAUGGUCUGGCCCCUGUUUGGCACUCUCCUCUUCUCGUGGGUGUGCACCUACUUUGCCAUAUGGAAGGGAGUGAAGGUUACUGGCAAGAUCAUGUAUUUCACAGCUACUUUCCCGUAUGUGAUGCUAACGGCUCUGCUGGUCCGUGGGGCGACGCUGCCUGGGGCUGCUGAGGGUAUUCGAUUCUACCUCGAACCUAAAUGGGAGAAAAUCCUCGACUAUCAGGUGUGGAACGACGCCGGAACACAGGUCUUCUACUCGUACGCAGUGGCUCUAGGUGGCAUGAUCGCUCUCGGCUCCUACAACAAGUUCAACAACAACUUUGUGAAGCAGUGUGCCAUCUUGUGUGCAUGUAAUUCUGGCACAUCAUUCUUUGCUGGGUUUGGCAUCUUCAGUAUCCUUGGUUUCAUGAGCUACCAAUUGGAGCUUCCCAUGGAACAAGUUGCUGAGGCUGGUCCUGGUUUAGCUUUCAUUGCAUACCCCAAGGCCAUGGCAGCCAUGCCUCUUGCUCCCCUGUGGUCUGCACUCUUCUUCUGUAUGAUUCUUAUGGUUGGACUCGACUCUCAGUUCGUCCAGGUGGAGUCUGUCAUCACUGCCAUCGUUGAUUUGUUCCCCGAGUACCUUCGUGUGGGAAGUCGACGUGAGGUCCUAGUGGGAGUUGUUUGUCUCUUGGAUUUUGCAAUUGGCUGCACUAUGGUCACUCAGGGUGGAAUGUAUGUUUUCCAAAUCUUUGAUUCCUAUUCUGCAAGUGGCAUCAUUUUGUUGAGCAUCUGCUUCUUUGAGUGUAUUGUCAUCGCCUGGGUGUACGGUGCCAAGCGCUUCUCAGACAAUGUUGCCAUGAUGCUGGGCCAUGCCAUCAAUCCCUUCUUCACUAUUUGCUGGCGGUUCAUCACUCCGCUUCUCACCCUGAGUAUGGUUAUCUUUGCACUGGUGUUUCACACUCCAUUGACCUACAACAAAACAUAUGUGUAUCCUGUGUGGGCGCAAGCUAUGGGCUGGCUCCUGGUGUUCGGUUCAUUGCUAUGGAUUCCUGGUUAUAUGCUAUAUAAGUUCUUCCAGUACCCGGGUACCUUUAGGGAGAAAUGGAUUGCUUCUACACGUCCCAUCUUAAAGGCGCACCAUCUGCGACCCCAAGACUGGGAGGUGAAUUCUGACCUCCGGAUCAAGAAGACCUUGACUAUGGAUCCACUCACUGAAAAUGCAUAAGUGCCCCUCCCAUAUAUUCCUUGGAAAAACUACCCACGACAAAGCAGCAUCAGAAAUCAUCCAAUUGACCUGCUGUUGAUUAAGCUCCUGGUGGAAUAUUUUUGCUCUUUUUUGUAUUGUUGUGUUGGUCUUUAGAUGCCCUAAUCCAGAGACAAGUAAAGGGGACACAAGUCUACAAAAUGCUGACAUAUUAGUUUAUAGAAAUGUAACAGAUAUGCACUGUCACUUAUUGCUUUUGGUCCAAAUGUUUUGCCAGCACACAGUCACACAUUUCUCAGAGAUAUGCAGUGCUCAAACACUGUUCCAAGAGACUAUAUAUAACGUCGAUAAUGAAGUAUCUGCUAGUGUCUAUGAGGUUAUUAUAAUAAUCAUGAUUAAAUGCUAAACCUGCAGAAAUAGGAGGCAAUCGGGUUUGAUGCAAGAGGGCAGCUCCAGUUCUGUGAAUUAAGAGCCCUUCAUCAGCAUUGCAGCACUCUUGAAGGAAGUGUCUGCAAAGAGUUUUGCUUCAUGUUUAAAUAGCCUCUGAGGUUGCUGCAUUCUUAUUGCAAAUUUUAUAAACCAAUACAGUAUUAAUACAUUAGCAACAUUGACAUCUUCAAAACUAUAACAAAGGCUAUUUUAAUUCUACCACACAAUUGACCAGGAUUCCUCAUCUUAAUACAGUAUUAUUAAUAAGAUAUCCAUGGGGAAGUGCUAAACCGAUAGGGGUCAUACAGUUCCUGAGGACAGAUAUUUAGGUCUAAUCCAAGGGGAGGGUAGCUUGAGUUCCUUGAAUCAAGAACCCUUCACCAGCACCAAGGCACCCCUCUUAUUAUUAUUAUUAUUAUAAUCAAAAAGAAGCGCUAAGCCACAAGGGCUAUACAGCGGGCACCCCUCUUAGAGGGUUAUCUUAGUAUUACACUAAUUAACUGACAGGCAAAUUCUAUUCAGUUCACAAUAUACAUGUAGUCAAAAAAAUUCUUUGCCUGCUAAACAUUAUCAUGGUCAGGUAACUCACAAGGGGCCAAUGCAGUAUUAGUGUGAAUAGUAUAGAGAAAGAGUUCAUUGUAAGAGAUUAAAAGCAUUACUGUAGCUGUUUCCAGUUGACAAAAAUCCCUGGCAAGUGGUAUACAUAAUGUAAGAGCUUUUUUUUUUUUUCGGUAUUGGGAAAAAGUCAAAGUUGGGAUUGUCUGUGGGUAAGCAAAUUUCUGGUUGAUGCACGGCAAUCAAAUAUUAGGAGUUAUGAGUGCUGCACUAUUUUUCGCUGUACAAUAUUAGAAUUAAGCCCUAAGAGGGAAUGACUAAGUACUAUAUAGAGGUUCUAUGUAGGAAGUGUUCAAAGUGUAAAUUUAGGUUGAGUCAGAUGCUGAAGCAGCAUCAGUCACUGAAGUUAAAUUGAUCUGUUAACUGACCAUCUGACAUAUGUUUAUAAUCACUUCUCAUCUUUGUCAUACCUCAUUGUUUUGUACAUUUACUGUAUUUACUCAUUUUUAUCAUUCAUAUAUUCAUGUUUGUGUCACACUGCAAAUAUAAGUUGCUGUAUAAUGAAGUUCCGCAUAUCUUGGUAGCAGCAUGCAUAAGUAUUGUACAGUACUUGCUUAAUAGGUGGAAUGGACUGGACAAAUAUAACCAUGCACGAUUAGGUUAAUCUUGUCUGGUAAACCUAAAAUUUAUCUUGUGUAUGCUAUAUAAUUACAGCCUGUCAUAAAGUUUAGUUCAUUCUGAAAUUAGGUAUAAUACCUUCUGAGACUGAUGUAUCAGCUUGAUCUAGAUACAAAUCAUAUUCAAAAUAUGAUCAGGAAACAAAACUGCAGCCACUGCAAGUCAAAGGCUAUAGGGUUGGUUAGAGUUAAAAAGUAUUUGAGUAAGAAGCACUGUACUGUAUUAGCAUAGUUGGACAUAGGAUUUGUUCUUUAAUUAGAUAGUCUGUAUAGACUACUGUCAGGGCAGUCAGUCCUUGGCUAUGUGUCUCAUUCUAAUACUUGACAUAAAUUUUACUUGUUUUUAAUGCCAAAUGUAACUGACAAGACAAUGGGCUGCACGCAGGAUUUUACAUCACUAAUAGACAACCCAGGAUCAUUAUUUUUGAUAAACAAUGCAUAAGACUAGUAUACAACAACACAGGUAUCUUGUUUCCUUACAUAAGAUUGGUAUGCAAGAAUGCAGGUAUCACGUUUCCUAUUAUAAUUAUUACUUUGUUUAAAAAAUUAAAUAUGAAACAGGAGACAGUUACCAUCAGUAUAGGUAGAGUUGUUGGUAGGACCUCCGAAUAUUGACCACAGGAGUGCAUAGUUUUUGGUAAACAUCACAUGACAGGUUUCCAGUAAGACAGUUUUAAAAUCGGAAGAGCAAUUUGACCGUGCAAGCCAUUCAGCACUCUUAGCAAGAUUCCUAGUUAAACUCUGAGGGUAAAAAUUUAAAAACAGGGUUUACUCUGUCAGAUGUUGAGCAACCCUUGGCAGGGGUAGGCAACUUAGCACCACUGCUUAGAGCCAUAUUUCAUCGUUGUUGAGUAACAGGAGCCUUGCACUAUUGUUUACUAAAUCAAUUUGGUCACCAUUAUGCAAGUAAGUUUAUUUAGGCACAGGUACACAUUAGUACAAUUAUCAUAGUGUAAAAUACCUAGGGUAAGUCAAAAAAAAAAGUCAGAUAGCAAAAAAGUAGAUAACAUAUGUUGAUAUGAUAGUCGCAGACUCAUUUAACCUGCAUUUCACUUUGAAAAAUAUUUGAAAAUAUACACAGUACAGUACUGCGUAUAUAUUUCUGCUAGAACACCUGUCAUCCACACACACAGGAACUGCCAGCAGAUGCCUUCAUGCUCAAGCAAUUGAUUUCAAUCAUCUUAGUGUCAUUAUUAUUAUUGCAAUUAUGGGGGACCCUUAUGGGUUUAACAAUUAAAUUAAUCCAAGGGAAAUGUUAAACUCAUUAGGAGCCUACAGUGCCUGGAGAAUGGGAGGCAGUUAAGUUUGAUUCAAGGAAAGGAAGGGUAGCUCCACCUCCUUGGAUAAAGAGCUUUUCAUCAGCCUCAAGGCACCCCAUUGCAUUUAUUAGUCUCAUUCAUUCUUUUUAAUAUAAUACACAAUUUGUUCACUAAAAGAAUGUGCAUGCAUUUGUCUUCCAUUUUCUUACAUGAGGAUAAUGGAAAAUAUUUUAGUUUUCCUAUUUUAGGAAAUUUCUCAGUUCAGGCAUGACAGGGCAGUUGUUUCCAUUUGCUAACUUCAGCGAUGGUGGAGGUUGAUGUUAACAGGUAUUGGUACCAGUGGUAAGGUUAGCUGUGGUAAUUUUAACUGGUAGUUAGUAAUAUUAAUGGUAAGAGAGAUAUUGUUAACGUGCCCGAGUGAUAACUGCAGUUUACCUAAACAUUAAGGAACGUCCCCCGCUUGCCUGCAUUUAGCAUUUAGUUCUAUGAACUUUUCCUCUAGGUUUAAGGCUUGGGUUGCUAUUGUAGGAAUGGGAGGAUCACAUCAAAGUUACUUUGAUCUGUUAGAAAUUAGAAAUGUUAAGCUUUUGGUUUGUAAAAUAUAUUAUUUUACUGUUAUUUCUGUAAAUGAGUAAAUAUUCCAGUGGGAAUAAGUGAAGGUUAGAUUAGCAAAAAUUAUGUGAUUACAUCUCGUACUUCUUUUUAUUAUUAUAUUAUGGUGUCUAGUUAAACCUUGGCUGCUCUGCUCCAUAAUGUGCACUCUAUGAUUUAGAACUACAGGUACUCCUCACUUAACGCCCUACCUGUUUAACAACCGCUUGGACUUACAACCAGCUCUCCAGCCAGUGUACUGUAUGUAUGUUUUACCUUUUUAUUGCUUUUAAUGCCCAGUUCUAUUUUUAAUAUACUAAAAAUGUUAUAAAUAGUGCAGAGGUGACAUUAAAACAAUAUCAAAAGAUGGUUGUCACAAACCCACUACCAGAAAAGUAUGCUUUAAACAUUGGUAAGGGGCGGAUCCUCACUUAACAACCAGUUCGCUUACCAAUCUACUCUUAGAAAUGGAACUUGGUCAUUAAGUGAGGAAUACCUGUAUUAUUAUUAUAAUCAAAAAGAAGCGCUAAGCCACAAGGGCUAUACAGCGAGGAAUACCUGUAUGAUCAAACCUUGAAUUUUUUUUUAUAGUUUAUCAUUACAGGUUUUUAUUAUUAUUAUAAUACCUGAGCCCAUUUGAAAGUCUAAGGUGUACUACUACCCACAACAGUCAGUCGGCACCCAGGUACCUAUUCACAAUUAAGUGAUCAAGGGCAGGUGUAAGGAGACUUGCCUAUACUUUUCACCUUGCCUUAGGACAAGGCUCUGAACACUGAGCUACAAGUCACUCUGCUUACUCCACUGUGAUUAAGAACUAUGGCCUGGUCUAGCCAACUCGGUUCCAUAAUGCUCAAUUCUCAGUCUUCUAUACAUAGUGCAGCCUGUUAGAAUUUCCUGUCAAGUUCCUGGUACCUCCAGUGUGCUGUGACCUGACCAUACUGUACUGUAACCUGGCCACAGUUUCAUUGGUCACACUUUCAAAUUUGGAACUUAAAUUGAUGCUGCUAAUAGUAAUAAUAACAAUAAUUAAUUGAUCACAUAGCAGAAACCUCACUCUCUUCAUAGUGAUAAUGUGGGUAAUCAAAAUAAUGUAUUAGCAGUGUUCUGAGGUCAUAAUACUCUGGGGGUUUUAUGCAUUGCAUUAAUAGACUAAUUUAAUGGUACCUGACCAGGAUGGUUUUAAAAAUAUACAGUGGACCCCCGCAUAACGAUUACCUUCACAUGUGACCAAUUAUGUAAGUGUAUUUAUGUAAGUGCAUUUGUACGUGUAUGUUUGGGGGUCUGAAAUGGACUAAUCUACUUCACAAUAUUCCUUAUGGGAACAAAUUCGGUCAGUACUGGCACCUGAACAUACUUCUGGAGUGAAAAAAUAUCGUUAACCGGGGGUCCACUGUAUAAUAAAAUUAUGUAUUUUACAUGCUUGUAACCAUUUUUGCCAGUAUUAGUGAAGCAAGUUUUUAAUGACCUAGCACUAGCAUUAUGCCAGAGCUUUUUGUUUGGAAAAGGAGUUAAUUGUAUAUUCAUCAUUCUUACCUCAUGUUCUAGGAUCUCCUAUAUUCAUAAUUCUGCAGCUAGAUGUUUGUUACCCAAAAAUGCAUUGGUCAAGUAUUAACUUCCAGUGAGAAUUAAAUCUACAGUACUGUACCUUAAACAAUUCACAACUACCCCACAUUUGGAGAUGAAAUUUUAGACAAUGUUUUGGUCUGUUUUAAAUUAAUAAUUUGAUACAUAAAACAAACUACACAAUUUUUAAAGCACCAUAACCUGGCAUAAGGGUGUGUAUAUGGGGGUUGCUAGGCUUCACAUCCAGCUUUCAUAUGUGUGGGGAUUCUAGGCUCCACACCCAGCUCUCGGGUGUAUGUGUGGGGGUUCCAGGCUCCACACCCAGCUCUUGUGUGUGGGGGGGGAGUGCUAGGCUCCACACCCAGCUUUCAUCUACUGCAGGUAUUGUGCUGGACUCUGGUUUAAAAAACUGUUACAAGUUAUAUUUCUGACACUGGUUAUUUAACCCUUAAAUGGUCCAAACGUAUAAAUACGUUUUUUUUCAACAUCUGAAAGUAUGUAAAAAAAUGUAGAUCUUUUUUUUUUGUUUUACAUUUGAAAACGUGUAAAAAAACUUUUAUCUACAUUAUUUUUUUUGUUAUAUUUGAAAAUAUGUAAAAAAAAAAUAAUCUACUUUUGUAGCACUACGAAUUUGAACAUCGAUCUGUUUGGACUGUUUAAGGGUUAAGAGUUUAAAAUCAUAAGAUUAUUUAUAUACUGUAUUCUUGUGUGUACAACAGCAUCAAUAUUUGUCCUUUGCAAAGUAUAAUAAUGUGUAGUUAAAGUCCUCUCCGUGUUUAUGUUAUACCUCUAGUUGGGAACAAGAACGAGUAAGAAGUGCGGAUUUCAGUAUAAAGUGUUGGACAGAGAAAUAGAACAUUUACAGUAACCAAUAGAGUUCUUUCCUGACCUAAUUAUUUUCAAUAUAUACGUAUUUUUAAGUGCUAAAUAAACAUGGGUUAUAUAGCACCAUGACCUAAAAUUGGUUUUGCAAAAUUGGUUUUGCAAGUUGUUGGCAGGAAAGUAGUUGAUUGGUGAACUGUGAAACUAUAUUUUCUUACUUUAAAAGUACAGUAAUUACAGUACAUAUAUGGUAACAAAUGGUAAUAAAUUUCUUAUUUUCUCAUGUAUCACCAUUCUCAGUUUGCUCUGUAUAAUAGUUUUUUUUUGUUAAAUUAUGCAUAAGAUGUCAAAAAUAUAAAAUAAAAAAUUUGUUUACAA